AUGGCGGACGUCAAGGCCCCCCUUCCCACCGAGAAUGAAGACAGGCGUUCCUCUACUCCCUCGGAGAAAGAAGAGUCUGGCGGUGCUCACAUCGAGCAAGUCCGGACUUUUGAAAGGGUGGACGGCCAUCCUGGCUACUAUGAGAAAGAUGGGCUGCGAACCUACGGUGACGAUCAGGAUCACGAUCACGAGCCUCCAUGGACCACGAGAAGAGUCAUGAGCCUGGUCGCCAUGGCGUUCCUCUGGACAGGCUCUCAGAUCCCAGCCUAUCUGCUGGGCGGCAUUGCACCUCUGAUCUACUCUGAGAUCGGAGGCUAUGAUAGAUGGGUCUGGUUCGUGUUGGCGUACCUCCUUUCCUCCGCGUCUAUCUGCCCGUUUGUGGGGUCGUUGUCCGACUUGAUCGGGCGGAGAUAUGUCGCGCUUUUGGGCUCGGGGCUUCUCAUCGUCGCAAUGAUUGUGGCCGGCACGGCACACAACAUGAACCAAUUUAUCGCUGGGAUGGGUAUAUCUGGUGUGGGUGCCGGUAUUUGCGAACUGACUUGCCUGGCCGGGACAUCUGAGCUGGCACCAACUCGCAAGCGUGGCCUCUACGUUGCGGUUUUGGUCUUCACAAUCAUCCCGUUCUGCCCCUCAGCUCUCUAUGCCUGGCUCAUUGCCGGCUACUCGACGUGGCGGUGGUGUGCUUUCAUUGCGGGCGUGUGGGCAUUGAUUGGAGCCGUGGGCGUCCUGAUAUUCUACUUCCCUCCCCCACGGCCCAAUUCUCGCGGCUUGACCAGACGCCAAAUUAUCAACGAAAUCGACUUCUUCGGCGGCUUCCUCAGCAUCACGGGCAUGAUCAUCUUCCUCGCCGGCCUCCAGUGGGGCGGCUAUCAGUAUACGUGGCGGUCCGCGCACGUUCUGGCGCCCCUCAUCCUAGGGUUCCUCAUGCUCUUCGUGGCGUUCCCUAUCUGGGAGAUCAAAUUCGCCAGGUACCCGAUGUUCCCAUCGCGGAUGAAGAGAGAUGCAAAGGUACUUUCUUUGACGCUGGUGAUCACCGCGAUAUCCGGUGCAAACUUCUUCUCCAUCUUGAUGUUUUGGCCCACACAGGCUUUCAACGUGUAUGGUCACGACCCCGUCGGUGUCGGAAUCAGAACUCUCCCCAUCGGCUUCUCCAUCCUCGGUGGUUGCGUCAUCGUCUUGGUUUUCCUGUCCGUAUUCCGGGGACAUAUCCGUGAGCUGCUGCUGGGUGCGUCUAUCUUGAUGACAGCCGGCUGUGGCGCACUCGCCACGGCAAAUCUCCACAAUAUACAUGCAGUUUAUGGCAUCCUCGUCGUUGCCGGCCUUGGAAUCGGCGGAAUUGUUGUCCCUGCCUCCAUCAUCACGACCAUUAUUUGCCCAGACGACAUUAUCGCCACGGUCACGGCCCUCACCCUGUCGAUCCGCGUCAUUGGCGGCUGCAUCGGCUACACAACCUACUACAACGUCUUCGUCAACAAAUUCAAGACCAAGAUCGUCAAGUAUGUGGGAGGAGUCAUGGUGGCGGAACUGGGAAUCACCAAUCAAACGUACAUCGUGGACGCCAUCACUCUUACCGGACUCUCCCUCGUGGACCAGCUCAAGCUGAUUCCUGGAAUCGCUGGGAACGAGACCGCGUACGAGAUGGUUCUGGUUGCUGGGCAGAUCGCCUACUCCGAGAGCUACCGUUGGGUGUACCUGGUGUCGAUCGCCUUCGGAGGAGUGGCCAUCAUCUGCUCGGCGCUCCUGGGCAAUAUUGAGAAGUAUAUGGAUGACCAUGUGGCUGUGGUGAUCUAG